GCACAAGCCGCACACGCGCGCGCACAUAGAAGGGAGAGAGAAAGAGGGGGGGAGAGAGAGAGAGGAGCGAGCGGGAGGGAGAGAUGCAUUGGGUGAAAGCCGAUUCCUCCGAUUUCCGAGGAAAUCCACCCCACGCUCGAAGUGGGCACGCCGCCGUGGACAUCGGCAAAUCCAAGGUGGUCGUGUUCGGCGGCUUCGCCGACAAGAGGUUCCUCGACGAUAUCACCGUCUACGACAUCGAAAAUAAGUUGUGGUAUGCUCCUGAGUGUACGGGUAGUGGAACCGAUGGACAAGUGGGUCCAAGUCCAAGAGCAUUCCAUAUUGCUGUUGCAAUUGACUGUAACAUGUUCAUCUUUGGUGGCCGUUCUGGUAGUAAGAGGUUGGGUGACUUUUGGAUGCUUGAUACUGAUAUUUGGCAGUGGUCUGAGCUAACCAGCUUUGGUGAUCUACCAUCACCACGCGAGUUUGCUGCAGCAUCUGCCAUUGGAAACCGAAAAAUUGUUAUGUAUGGCGGCUGGGAUGGUAAAAAAUGGCUUUCAGAUGUGUAUAUCUUGGAUACAAUUUCACUUGAGUGGAGAGAAUUAUCAGUUUCUGGUUCAGUGCCACCGCCAAGAUGUGGACAUUCGGCUACCAUGGUUGAGAAACGAUUGCUCAUCUUUGGGGGUAGAGGUGGAGCUGGACCUAUAAUGGGUGAUUUAUGGGCUUUAAAAGGUGUCAUUGAAGAAGAGAAUGAGACACCUGGGUGGACUCAGUUGAAGCUACCAGGUCAACCUCCUUCAGCACGAUGUGGUCACACAGUAACUUCUGGAGGUCAUUAUUUAUUGCUCUUUGGUGGGCAUGGAACUGGAGGUUGGCUGAGUAGAUAUGAUGUAUACCACAAUGACUGCAUUAUAUUGGAUAGGGUCUCUGUUCAGUGGAAGCGUCUGUCUACAAGUGAUGAGCCGCCUCCUCCUCGGGCAUAUCACUCCAUGACAUGCAUUGGUUCUCAUUAUCUAUUAUUUGGUGGUUUUGAUGGAAAAACGACGUUUGGUGAUUUGUGGUGGCUAGUUCCAGAAGAUGAUCCUAUUGCAAAGAGAUUACAGUUAACUCCGAGUAUCCCUCAAGAAAGUAGAACUGUCAUGUUCUUAGAUGGUCCAUCAGAGUCUAUGGCAAAGGAAGUUCAAACCGAGUCGCCAAUUGUUGAAUUGCAGAAGAGAUUGGGGAUCUCGUUUUCUUCUUCUAAAGCUCAGGUAAAUCUUGUCGAUGAAGCUGAAGACAAAGAGCUUAUUGAGUUGUCAUCGAGGUUUUCUGGGGAGUCACUACUUACUAGGGAUCAAACUGCAUGCAUUCAGGCACUUCGUGAGCACUGGAAAAGAUCUCCAGCAACUUCAAUACAGCUGCAGGAGCUUGGCCCAUUGCUCCGAGAUUAUCAACGGCUUACUGUUCAUCACCACCUAGGAAGUUUUGCCUUUGACUUAACAUCUGCCUCAAGUCUCCUAGGAUAUGAAGUUCACCGUUUUUUCCAUUUGAAAGGUGCCUCUCAGUUGCGUAUGGAUGAUAUUCCAGCUUUGCUGAAUGAGUACAAGGAGCUGAUCUCUAAUGGGGAGGAUCACACACUCAUUGCUUCUUAGAUCUUCCAAAAGGAAAUAGGACAACAUGGAGCAAGCGCUGGGUUAUGCUUGUGGAGAUGACUUACAGGAGGCAUGUCGACGUAGUAGUUCACGUGGUUGAAAGCAAGCGAAAGCGGCUGGAAUGGCAAAACCAUUCCUCUCUUAGCCGCGCCGUUCCCACCGGCGGCAUCAGCACCUGAGAAUGUUGUGAUAUAUAGAGACGAUACUUGAUCAAACUGCUUUUUGAUUUUAGAACACGAAAUGAUUUAUGCCAUUCUAUAAACUUUCAUUUUUUCAACAAAUUACGUGCUAAUUUCAUUUUUCUUGAGAUGCUUGGCUUUUGGAAAUUCAGAAUUAUAUUGAGAACCUGCAAUGCUAGCAGCCCUAUUUGUUCA